ACUCCAUAGCAGCGGCCAGUACUUUUCCCCAACUCUGCCCAGAAAUUUGAAAUCCUUUUCGCUUCCCUCUUCACAGACCUCCGACCCCUGAGCCCCCCCUCGAUGGCGGAUCCGCCGCCUGUGCUUACUCUCCUGGUGAAGAAGGGCCCCUGCAAGGGGAAUACCCUGCAGCGCUGCGCCGGCACCGAGGCGCUCCGUGUCGGCCGCGUUGCCAAGGGCAACGACCUCUCCGUGGGCGACGCGGGCGCGUCGCAGAGGCAUCUCUCCGUCGAGUUCCUCCCGCCGCCUGCGGCCCGGUGGACCGUCACCGAUCUAGGCUCCUCGAACGGCACCCUCCUCAACGCUACGCCUCUCGUGGCCACUAUCCCCGCUCCGCUAUCCGACGGGGAUCUCAUCAAGAUCGGGGAGACAACCGUGCUCGCCGUCUCCAUAUCGACCGAUGCAGGCCCGGGACCGGGCCCCGUCGCGACAAGGCGUUCCAGGCGAAACGCAGCGGCGGCGGCGGAUGAACAGGGCCCGGCUGUUCCUCGCAGGGCUGGACGGAGGAAGGCUGGUGCGACGGAAGCCCCCGAAGCUGGGAAUGAAGUGGAGGAGGAAGCUGCAUUGCCGACUCGCCGAGGCGGGCGGAGGAAGACCGUUGAGCCCGCUAGGGUAGAGACGGAAGCGGAAGAUGAAGAGGAGGAAGCGGCAAUACCGCGCCGUGGCAGGUCGAGGAAGGCUGCAGCCACGGUCGUCCUUCCUCCACAGCCGCAAAAUACGAGGUCAACGAGAGCUGCUGCAAGGAAAGGUGACGUAUUGGGGUGCGAAAACGAUGAGGGGAAAGUGAUGAGGACCGGAAGGGGACGAGGACGGGUUACAAGGUCAAGUGCAAGGAAUGAUACAGGUGUUACUCAGGAGGAAGAGGAGGGUGAGGUGGCUGUGGCCAGAGAUCGGGAAGGGACAGCUGCCGGGGGCAAGGAUGAGGUGGUGCCGGCGGCUGGGAGAGUUCAAGCAAAGAGGAGCAGAGGAGGCAGAGGCCGAGGAAGGGCUACGACGGCAAGUACAAGGAAGGCUGAGGAUGCGGUUGCUGAGAACGAUGAAAAUGAGCAAGAGGAAAGGGAUAUGGCUGAUGGCAGAGAACGAGGGGGGAGUCCAUUGAGGGUGUUGGCCGUGAAUGAUGGUUCUGAAGUGGAUAAGGUGGCAACUGAGGACAAGUUGGAUGGAACUUCAAAGGCAUCCAUGGAAGAUGAGAAGAUGGAGGAUUUGACAUUGACAGAGAGGGCAAUAAAGGGGAGUGCCAAUGUUAAGCAUGCUCCUGCUGACAAUGGUGGUGUGGAAGAAGAGGAGGUGAAGAAUUUGAGCAAGGGAGAGGAAACUGAAGUAUAUCAGGAAUUGAGGGAAAAGGUUUCACCAGGGUCAAAGCCUGAUGGUGUUGGAGAAGUGGAAAAGAAUGAAAAGAGGGAAGCUGUUGGUGCCAGUGGAGAGAGAGGCCAUGUUGGGGUCGGGGAGCCCAAAGGAAGACACAGAUUGGAGAAUAUGACACUGGGGGAGUGGUUUGUUCAGAUCGAGAAAUACCUUCUAGCAAAGAAUGAAGAAGCUGCUGAAAAGGCGAUAGCUGAAGUGCAAGAGAAACAUCGGUGGUUUUGUGAACAUGUUAAAACCCUCAAGCUCAAAAAGAGUCUUGCUCCUUGAGAUUCCAUGGGUGAUCUGGAAAUAUUUUGGACGGACUAAUGUUGGAUGAUUUGAUGACACCAUCAUAUAUCGCAAUGAAGACAGUAAUGGUGAAGCGUCGCAAACUGUAGGUUUGUGGUGCAGCCAUCAUUAGCAGGGUGGUAGUUAUUUAUUCCGCACUUAGUAGUUUGCUACUAUUCAUGAGUUGGUUGUCCCUUAGUUUAAGUGAUUCAGAUUCAGAGGAGUGAACCAGGGGCGGAUACAAGCUCCGCACCAUUUGGUCCGUGGUCUGGAGCAUAAUUCAUGUGUCUA